AUGGCCGUGAACGCAGGUCCCCGGGCCGUUCACCUUGUCGUAGAUUCUGUCGGCUUUAUAGAACGUGCCGAUUUAAAGGUUUGGUUGUUCUUUUCCUAUUUCACCCUUUCUAGACCUAUGGUGUAACGGUUCACACAGUUGCGUCUGUUAUAGCCGAACUCAGAGAUAAGCGGACUCGGGAGUACGUCGCUGCGCUGCCAUUCCCAAUUUCAGUUGAAGUCCCUCAGCCAGAAUCCGUGAAAUGGGGUAAAAAUUGACGGAGUUUAAUUUGGGACUUAAGCUUGUGAAGUUUCGAAAAAAACCGGAGACUUCUUCGUCUUGUCGAAGCCUGACUUGGACGUAAUCGCCCUCUCUUAUGAGCUGUUUAAACAAGAGACUGGGAAAGAACCUGUUCUGAAGGAGGUUUCGGUUUUUCGGCCUAACUUUAGUUCGUUACAGGUUAGAAAAUUUCAAUUAAAUGGGCAGACUUCAUACACACCAAAGCCACCGGAAGCCAGGAUUACACCUGAAACGACAGCCCAGGUCUCCGAGGCAGAUGAUGACCGCAGCCAAUGUGGAUUCUCCACUUGUUCCUCCGACGAUAAUAGGGACUUCGACGCGGUUUUAGAUGAUUCGUCGGAUUCGUUUAAAGAUGUUGAGGAAACUUCUGAGGAUGGGAACGACUGUGACAAAACCGUGGAUACAUGUACUGUAGGAGACGAAGUCGAUAAGGAUGAAUGGAUUACGGCAGAUAACUUCGACGAAAAGUUAGAAACUGGUCUUGGCAUCGAAAAUCUCCGGGUGUAAGUAUUUUAAUGUCUUUGUCCAUAUUCAUGUGUGCAGCUUAUUUUGAACCUUGUUAUGUUUCAUCAUGACGAAAGGGAGCCGCCGAUUAGAUGUCUUAGGACCCUUUCUUAGGUCGAGUUGACUCUUACGUCUCAUACCACUUGAAUGGGGGUCACUGGGAUUGGUUUCCUCCCUUAAGUAAGCUGGUGACAAUUUAAAGAAAACCAUGAUAAAACGCUCACACAUCCUAUUUUGAUACAUGGGGGCCAGCUAUCGCAAUCAGGACGGCCAUAAUCAGCGAGCCAGGUAGAACGAAACGAAUAGAGUGAAAAAAUCAGAAUGAAUGAGUACCCAAGAAUUGUACUCUCCAUCUUACAAUUGGUGUGCCGGGACUAAGUCGAGAAGCAGAACCGUAGUUGAUGAGGCAGGAUUUGGUAAGGGCUGUAAGUUAGAAUGACAUUCUCUCCAGCCAUUAAAAGGCGGGAUCAAGGUGUCGGUAAAUCUGACGGGAUGCUUGAAUGUUACGAUUUAUAGACGUCUCUACUACGAACGCAGUAUGGAUGGACGCGUUGUUGUUCGAUCAAUGGCUCGAGGUUAUAAGUGUGUUAUCUUCAUCGUUGUGGACACCAACAGGUGUUGCAGCCCUCUGUUUGUCACCUGAAAUGGUGUCGCUUUCCCGCACAGUGUUAGGUGGGUGGUUAAGGGGAACAAGGAUGGGAUUUUUGAGUAUGGGUGUGGCCAUCUGAUGAGAAUCGCAGAUAUCUUUUUUCCCUCUUAGAGCAGGAAGUUGGACGGAUACGAUUUCUUCUCUGUCAUUAUCGAGCAGUAUGUGAACAUAUUGGGGUCUGACAGAAGUAAAUUGACGUCCUAAACGAGCGGGCCAUAUUUAUAUUGUUGGCCGCUCUUCAACAGAACUUGGCCGGGGGAGAUGAGACCGGGACGUAGAUUUAAGUCCACUAAAAGGAAUUUCAGCACCUAUGGAGUCGAAGAAAAUCAUGGCCAAGUAAAAAAUCGACACACGAGUUCGGCAAGACCGAUAACUUUAUAUUUAAUCGAGACGAGAUCAUGCCUUUGCGUGGCGCUGGCUAGGCGGUUGGGGCCAUGCAUAUCUUAGUGCAAGGUUUAUGAGCUUUCCAGUAGAGGUGUAACUGGAAACUGCCUGUAUCUGUCAGUCCCACAAGUCUGUAGUUCAGACAUUACGUUUAAAAUGUGGUCAGGAACAGUAGCCGAUGCUACAACAAAAAGGAUCAGAUGUGUAGAGGAAGAAAUGACCCACUAUUUGUUAUCAAGACACCUGUGCAGAAACCAGAUCUGCGCAUAAGUAGAGGCCUCUCGAAUGGCAAAUGUUUCCCAUCGUCGGGCCGAUCGGAGCGCGUCGCGCCCAAACAAAUUGCUGACAAGCGAAGAUGCGAGUUGCAGGGACUAGUUGACCAGAAGAAGAAGCGAUCGUUGGAACAAGGGCUUUUUUUCGCCUGACGUUUCGGAUUCUCGCUCGAACCCAUCAGAGACAGCGACAGAGACGGAUGAAGGAAUGACCCUUCAGUUUCGUGAUGCCGGACAAACUUUUUGGAAGUGCCCCUUUUGAUCACAUCCUUUGCAUAACAAGUUGCGUGCGUUACGCAUUAAAUGAGGAUGCUUGUCGUAUUGUAGAAUGUAUGGGAAGCUACUAGAUCAAGUACUGUAACAGAACUGGAUGGAGUCUGGCACACCCUAGUAGCGGCAGAGCGCUAGGCUCUUUGAGGGUUCUGUCAAGAUAAAGACUGUUUUUUCGCCAGCUGCCUGAUAAAAUGCAAUUUAGACGUUUGCAGUCUUCUGAGCGAAUAACCUCUACCCGGUCCGAUUUGAUGAGAGUUCGCCGAUGAACGCGUCUCUGAUUGCAUCGCCACGACUUUGGUUUGCCGUAACAGCUCUAAAAUCGCAGUUCUUCGCUAAAGACCUCCCCACACUUCUGAGCGAAUUGGUCGACAGUUUUUCCGCUUUCCUGUCUGUAGGUCGUUAGAAGAUGGCGCGCAGAGAUUUCGUCUUUGGGUCCUUUAGUAGAUGUCUCGCUGCAGUCCAACACCUUCGUAACCGGGGCAUUCACGGGUGCAUUUCCAGGCUGUUGUAGAAACGUAAUUACUCAGAACGCUCACUUUGUUCGAUAGCGGACGUGAGGUUUUCACACGUGCGAAACCAGUGUUUCCAUUGUUUGGGAGCGUCUGAAGCACUUGGAUCGACAUCGAAUUGUUCUGGUCUGAGAAAUUGAUCCAUUAUUGGGCUCUGGGAUGACCAAACUGUCGUAAUCUUAUUUGCCGUCACGGGUUUACGCGGUCUUCAGCGGUAAAGUUGUCGCCAGUCAGCCUCUUGUUCAGCAAUCAGUUUCCAACUGUAUACCACAUACUCCCAAGCAUUUUAUCUUCAAAAUUCCGAUGAAAGGCAGCUCUCUGCCUUCCUGGAUAGUCACCCAGACAUUUUUGGUUUCACGAUUGAGAGUUCACAUCGCUGUCGCAGCUUGCCCAGGCAACCCGAGUUACAGCUUUCUUGCCCAGUGUCCGGCCAACGUUGUUUCUAAAGCAAUCGAUAAGAGGACGGUCAUGUCACAUGUCAAGUUCGACCGCGAAACAGUGAAUCGGCUCAUGUCCAUCUGUGAAAGAUAUGAAUCAUUACAACUUAAGUGUAGACAUAACUUAGGCCCAAUUUCUACCAAAAACUGCCACUUUGCACGCAAGCAGACACGGCUGCAAGACCUCUUAUGCGAUCCUCGAUCAAUCUCUGGUCGAAAGAGCGGAAUUUUGUUUGUGUGGAAGAAUAAGAACAGAGCUAAGGUGCCCUAAUCCUGGACCGCCGCUGCUGCAAUUUCCUACUUUAUCGUCAAGCAGUGCUUUGUUCUACCCCUGCAAGCUCAUUAUCUAUUUCGACUCAUCACUUUCACAGCCAACAGCACCUGGAUUGUGUUUGUCACAGGACGUUCCCGUUCCUGACCCUUUGCAGUAGCUUAAACAGGAGCAAUGGUGGGCGUUUUGUCAGAUCUUUCGAACGUACCUGCCACAUCAGUCGUUGUUAGAAGUCUCAGGAAGUUGAGGUACAGAGAUGACUUCUCCAUACUCCUGAUUCGCUGAUUAUCCCAAGCACAUUCUUCGCUUGGAGCACUGGAGCUCGCCAGUUCUGAUAGGGUCUCGAGUGUACAGACAUACUACUUAGGGGGCCAGCAAUACUUACUUACUUGUACUUGAUACGGCUGCGAUCAUGCCUGAUCUAGCCGGCCUCGAUGAUGUCCCGAAUUGUACCUCUCCACGCGUGACGAUCCGCGGCAGCAGAUCUAGACAGCUCAACCCAUUCCCUUCGCCAACGACGGAGACCGAAUACCGAAGGUCCAAGAACCACCUCCAUGUCUUGACGGACAGUGUCGAGCCAGGUUUUGAACUGACCCCCUCUUCGACGCCUCCAAUGGGGCAACGGCGCCGGAUCGAGGGCAGUAACACUGAGCUCCUGAGGUGGACGACGAAGAACAUGCCCGAACCACCUCAGUCGUCUUUCUUGGAUGGCCUGAGUUAUCCUCGCGAUGUUGUCGCAGCGAGCGCGGACUAUCUCAUUUGAGACGAAGUCGGUUAACUUCACUCGGAGGAUGAUCCUCAAGCAGUGGUGGUCAAAUACCUCCAGUUUUCGCUCAUCCGCCACGCGCAAAGCCCAGCAUUCACAACCGUAGAGAAGGACAGACCGGACAGAUGCACGGUACACGCGAAUCUUAGUGGCGAUGGAGAGGUCACGUCGGUUCCACAGGCAUUUCCGAAGGCUUGAAAAAACCCAGCGGGCAGCAUCGAUUCGGGAGAAAAUGUCGUCCUUACUCUGUCCAUUAGGCAGCAGCCGCGCCCCGAGGUAUUUAAAACUGUCCGCUUCUUCAAGUUGACAGCCAUCAAUCCCCAGGGGUGCCUUCUCCUGGUCAGGGAUGCAGCUUGAGAAUACUUUGGUCUUCCCAGCGUUUAUGGACAAACCGACUGAUUUAGCGACCUCGUUCACUCGUGACACCAUAGACUGCAGAUCACCAAAACUUGAAGCAAGUAAGGCGAUAUCAUCGGCAUAGUCGAGAUCAGUCAGUCGAUGUCCGGGUGCAAAUUCAACACCGUCACUGUCGCGUAGGGCCCUCCCGAGGAUCCAGUCAAUAGCGUAGUUGAACAGUAUGGGUGACAGGAUACAACCCUGUCGGACGCCAGACCGAAUACCGAACGGUUGGGAAAAAUUGUUACGGACCAGGACUCUCGCAGUAGUGGAAUGAUAGUAGGCCUUGAUCAUGGCGAUGAUUUUGGCCGGUACACCAUCUAGCGCCAUUAUCCGCCACAGGGACUCACGGUGAACGGAAUCGAACGCAGCGGCAAAGUCAACGAAGCGGACGGCUGUCGGUUGUUGGUAGCUAUGGCGAAAUUCGAGAAUGCGCCUCAGUGUGAAUAUCUGAUCUGCGCAUCCACGUCCAGCACGAAAUCCGGCUUGGUUGGGCCUCGUCCUUGAGUCACGCACAGCCUGGAAUCGUCCGAGUAGGACAAUAGCGAAGAUCUUCGCAGCAACGUCGAUGAGACAUAUGCCGCGGUAGUUCUCGCAUCUCGUCUUAUCUCCCUUCUUGAGGAUAGGUACAAGGAUGCCUAAGCCCCAGUCAUCAGGGACAACCUCGUCUUUCCACGCGCGUUCAAUCACCUCAUGGAGCCAGGGCGCCAGAGUGUCGACACAAGACUUAAAGAUUUCAGCGGGUAUACCGUCCUCUCCGGGUGCCUUAUUGUUACGCAACUUUCGUAUGGCAUCGGCGACUUCUUUCUCGGAGGGGGGAUCGCAUGGCACUGCAUAGGUAGGAGAGGGAAGAAACUCCGCUGAGGAGGAGAACAAGAGCGAUGUAGGUUGGGUAUCGAACCCUAAUGACAGACUUUCCGUCCUUGGGGACUGUUCCUAAUGUCCGGUUGGAUUCUUUGAACGUAACCGAAGGAAAACGGUGCUCUGUUAAAUCGACUUGUAGAUUUUGGUUGUUCAUCCGCGCUUCUCUUCUUCGUGUUAGAGACGAUGAGUUGGAUUCAACGGAAGCACCUCCAGUUGCCGUUGCCUGUCUGACCAAGGACUUUGCCAUCCAGAACGUCCUCAUGCAUGCUGGCAUCACCCUCUUAGCGCUCAGUGGCAAAAUUAUAAAACGUCCUCGGACGCACGUGCUCUGGUGCGGGUCCUGCUACGCGUAAGCCACUUUUUUAAAAAUUAAUUAAACGUCACAGGAUGUUGCUUCUUUCUUUCCAGCUUACGAGCCGAAGCCCCUUUAAGGACUAUUUGUUUUUCCUUAUUUGUUGAUCGUUGUGAAAUAAUUGUCACAAAACGGCCACCUACUCUACCUCUUCCGUCAGCUUAUUGAGAUUUUACUUUAAACAUUCUUGCAGUCUACGCUGCACUUGUGCCUUCUUAGUUGUCUAGGCAUCUUUACCCGCUCGCUGUAAUUUGCCCGCAGUGCGUUCUACGAGCAUCUGAUUUGUUGGACCCCGGCGAAAAUGGAAGGACGUUUGACUCGAAUGCUCGAUGACAAACUGACCGGUGUUUGGACCUCAGAUCUGCCCAACCUGUGGUCAGCCUAUGGCGACCGAUGGCUGCAGAAUGAACGAAUAUUUUAAAGCGAAUAAUUUCACAAAUUAUUCAGUGCAGCACAUGGAGUUAAGUCUCCGGGACACUCGAGGCCUGAACUCGCGACCUGUUAGUUAGAAGUCAAACGCCUCUAACCACUGAGCCACGAGUCCGUUGCCCUGCCUAUAUCAUGCGCCGCUGUGCGGCCGCAGGUUGGGCUCGAGAGAGCCCGUAAGGCACAACGGAACGAGUGAGUUCCGUAAGAACGAUCGGUGAGCGCCCCCUAUCAUUGUAUAUUCCCGAUCGAAAAAGCCGACAGGGCAACGGGCUCGUGGCCCAGUGGUUAGAGGCGUUUGACUUCUAACUAACAGGUCGCGAGUUCGAGCCUCGGGUGUUCCACACUUCGAGGUUGGGUAUGACUGGCUGACGACGGCAAAUAAGCCAGAAAUGGCCAUUCCAGUCUCCCUUGUCUUUGUCGUUAAUAAUAUACCACCCAUAUCGUGGGCGGCUGUGCGGCUGCUGGUUGGGCUCGAGAGAGCCCGUAAGGCACAAUGGAACGAAUGAGUUCCGUAAGAACGAUCGGUGAGCGCCCCGUACGGCAGGGAAAUCGAAAGGGAGAAAGCAGCAUGUGCAUCACACCUGGAGGAUCAAACACUGCAAAACCUGGAGAGCUGGAUCUCGAUAAAGGUGAACGUAGAGCGAGAAAAGAAGAGGGUCCAACUUCUGAACAAAAUGCGUACCCUACAGCAGGCAGAUGCAGCUAUGUCAGAACCACCAUCCGUCCACAACCUCUCAUCCAAACAGCUGACAGACGACCAGAUUAAAGUGCUUCAGCACGAAUCUGGAUACAACACAGGUGACGCGCAGUCACUGGAUUUUAUUGCGGCAUUGGAAGCGACACUCGCAAAGACAGAUACAACCGAAGACUCCAAGAACUCCAUUCGCCAGCGAGUCUCAUCCCUCAUCAUAUCCCACAAGCCACGUCGGACCAUCUCCUCGGCCGAAUUAAAGGCCAUUAGGGAAUUAAAGGUGGACGAAGAAAUAAUCAUUGUUCCAGCGGACAAAGGACGGGCAACCGUGAUCUUGGACAGAUCAGAGUACGUCACAAAAGCCCGGGAACUACUAAACGAUAACCAGUCAUACAGAGUCGUCGACUCUGACCCCAUAAAAACACUGGUCGGCAAAAUUAACAAGGGCUUAAAUCAGAUGAGGAGCCAAAAGGCGAUAUCUGAAAACGAUUGGAGACAAAUGAGACCGCAAGAUGCCGCUCCAGCGCGUUUCUACGGUUUGCCAAAAAUCCACAAGCCAAAUGUCCCCCUACGACCCAUCGUAGCGCUGAAAGGCACACCUACCUACGGACUGGCUAAAUGGCUUACCAAGCACUUAAAGAAGCUGACGGAAGAUUCCGAACACACAGCCGCCUCCUCAACGCACUCCCAGAAAAAGUCCGAGGCGUGACAAAAGCCCCCGAUGAGAUCAUGGUAUCCUUUGACUUCGUCUCUUUGUUCACCUCCAUCCCUAAGGAGUUGGCCAUGAGAGUCAUCAGUGGCCUACUGGAACGAAAGUACGACGAUGAAGGAAAACCGUUUAAAAGGAAGCACGCGAUUGAGUUACUGAACUACUGCUUAUGCACGUAUUUCACUUUUAACGGCCAUACUUAUGAGCAAAUCCAGGGAACCCCGAUGGGAUCCCCGAUCUCUGGCUACCUGGCUGAGGCGGUACUACAGGAACUGGAAACUCGUGUAUUUCGGUCCUAUAAGCCAAAAUUCUGGAUGCGCUAUGCCGACGAUACCUUUGUCGUCCUACACCGAGAUGCGAAGGAGACCUUUAGAGGGGAAUUAAACUCCAUCUUCCCACAAAUCCAAUUCACAAUGGAGGAAGAACAGGACGGAACGCUCUCUUUCCUCGACGUGCGGGUAACGAGGCAGGAAGAUGGAACACUCCAGACCAGUGUUUUCCGAAAAGCUACAAACACAGAGAAAAUACUCCACUACAACAGCAUCCAUCCCCUGUCGCAUAAAUGCAGUUGCGUCCGGACACUUCCGCCUCAUCAACACGCACUGCAGCACAGAGGCUGAGAAGCUACAAGAGCGUGCGUCCCUGUGGCACCUCUUCCUUGUCAAUGGAUACCCACGUAGCUUCGUAAACAAAUGUCUGUUCCAACGACACACAAAGACUGACGGUGAGGCGAAACAAAAACCUGAGGUACUCCGUGUCUUGCCCUACAUGAGGAACGUCUCUGAGGCCACUGAGCGUAUGCUAAGACCACUUAACGUGGGCGUUGGACACCGACCGGAAGCCACCAUCCGCCGAUUAGUCAUGCAGCCAAAGGGUAGGCUGCCCCCUGAGGGACGUUAGAAUACAACCUUGUUGAAAAUCGUGCUGCAUAUUGAAUGAGUUGAAGAAAUUGUUAUGUGCCAUGACGCAAGCUGCGACAGAUGCCAGCAGACUUUGAUCACAACAAUGACUUCUCGGCAUACCGUCUUUUCACAUUAUCCGCAGGGACUGACAAUAGGCGGAUCCGAAGGCUGCGACUGAGUCAACGAAGCAAAUGGUCGUCGGUUUCUGGUGAUCACAAUGGAAUCUAGCAGUGCUCCGCGAUAUGAAUAUCUGGUCGAUGCAUCAACGUCGAAACCAGAAGUCGGUUUCGUUGCAUUUCCUCUUAGAGUGACGCUCACUCCGGAACCGUCUGAAAACAGCGACAAGGGCCUUUGCCGAUGAGACUUAUGCCGCGGAGGCUUUUCUUCUUCGUCUUGCCUUUGUAGGCGACAAAUGGAUAGCUGAGCCCCGUUCAUCAGGAACGAACUCCUCUCUCCACGCUUGCUCAAUCUCCUCAGUAUCGGCAUGACUUGUAGACUUCAGGGAGACACCGUCCUCCAGGAUUCCUUGUGAUUGCACAGCCCCAACAUUGUAUCAGGGAUUUCUUCUUAGGAGGGAUGGUCACACGACAUUGCAGUGAUUGAAGAGACUUAAAACUCCGCCGGGGAGGUAGACAAAGCAAUGGAUUGCGCAUCGAAAUUGAGAGCACACCCAAAAUGUUUACACCUCUGCAAUGAGGCUGUCACUCAUUUCCUGAACAAGCUCACCCAGUGCACUAGGCCCUACCACUAGCUCGGCAAAUAAUUUGACAUCCGUCCAGCCAGUCCUUCUGUACGAUUCUGAAUGCCAGGCUGUACGCAUGGAUGAGCGAAAGCUGGAGGUAUUUGAUCACCACUGAGGACCAUCCUCUGCGUGAAGUACAUCGACUUGGAGGUGUUGAAGAGGGGGUUAACUCAAAACCUGGUUCGACACAGUCUGUCGUGACAUGAAAGUGGUUCUCGGGCCUUCAGUACUUGGUCUUCGUUGUUGGUAAGGACAAUAGGUUGAGCUGUCCAGAUCUGCUGCCGCGGAUCGUAACGCAUGGAGAAGUACAAUUUGUGACAUCAUCGAGGCCGUCUGUAUCAGACAUAAUCGCCGCCUUGCCAAGGAAGGGAAGGAGUUGUGAGUGCUACAGCUGUCUGAGACCUGCUCCACAGAGAUUUCCACAUAAGCCGAGUAGUUUUUUCUGACUUCAUCAACACUUCCUGACGUUGACGGAACGAGUGGUCGUUGUGGAAUUUGAUUCCAGCCGUCUCGACACAACCUUACGGUCCUUGGGGCAAUCCAGUCAUUGCGGCGCCGCUGAGUUGAUCCGAGGAUUCUGUCGACCGCUUCUCGGACUAGGAAUUCUAGUGAUAAAUAUGUUUCAUUGUGUUUUUACAAGUUACAAAGCUAGUCUGCUACUAAUAACACUACUGCCACCACCACCACCACCACCACCACCACCACCACCACCACCACCACCACCACCACCACCACCACUGCUGCUGUUGCUGCCGCUACUACUACUACUACUGCUGCUACUACUACUUCUACUGCUACUGCUGCUACUACUACUACUACUACUACUACUACUACUACUACUACUACCACUACUACUACUACUGCUACUACUGCCACCACUACUACUACUACUGCUACUACUACUACUACCACCACUACUACUUCUACUACAACUACUACCACUACGACUACUACUACUACUACUGCUACUACUACUACUACUACUACCACUACUACUACUACUACUACUACUGCUAACUAUUACUAACUACUACUAACUAACUACUACUACUACCACUACCACUACUACUACAGCUACAGCUACUACCACUACGACUACUGUUGAAAUCCGUUUUCUUUUAAUUAUUUGGUAGGAAACCGCGUUUCCUUUACAUUUUGUACAUGAAAAAAGGAUGUAUUUGGGUUUCGAAUAAUGUUGAGCCAGAUCAUCCGCUGCAUCAGUGUUUAGCGAUUUCCGCGUACGAAAGAUCAUAUAUUCCCCUAUGCCUUUAAAUGGGCACUAUGUAGAGUUCACAAAGUUUUGCCAUGAAUGAGAACCAUGUUGCAUACUUUAUGCAGAGUGUUAGCGAAUGAACGGAUACUAUGCUGUACGAGUGGACAUUACACGGUCUUAGAAGAUCUCCUUAUUAGAAACUUCUAGUAUGAAAUGUGAAGACGACGUGAUUUUCUAGUGAAUGAGUAAUAGGGAGCAUGUUUUCUAUAGAAUAUAGUUGAGUUUAUAGGGCUAUCGAAAAUCAGUGUGAGGAACGCAUGCCACUUAAGUGGCCAUUUUUUGCCGAGUGCGAUUUUUACCGGAGGCCGACAAGAAGUGCCAUUCAAAAGCCAACACCCUGGCGAGUCCAAAAUAGUAUGAGAUUGAGCCGCGUGAUGAAAAAUAUAACAAACCCGCCCGAGUAAUCCUUCCCAGUCGGAAAUGGUUUACUGAACUUCGAAUAACACUUCAUGGGAUCGACCACUGACUGUAUAUCCAACAGAUAUGCCAUCACUAGGUUUCCCUGUGCUUUCUGAGACAUCAUUUCGCCCCACUCACCCCUCAUCUCUUUCGCCCUUCUCUCCACAGACAUACAACCAAACAGGGCACUUACUUCUGUCCACUGUGUGGCUGUCCGAAUUUGCGACGGAUCCCCGUCACCCUGCACGAGGAUGGUGAGCUGGAAUUCCACUUUGCCAGACGUUUCAACAAGAGCCUGCGUGGUACAAAGGUACGCAUGGAUCGCCUUCAUUACAGCAAGCAGCGUCCACGGCUAGACCCAAUCUUAGGGUGUUACGGUAACUCGUCCAGCCUGGCGUUGCGAACAAUGAGGAGCACCAUUGUUCUGUGGGUGCAGGGUUGACUUCCCCGCAAUACUUGCAAAGCACCUGCCUCACCCCUCCUACACGCAAAGCUAAAGAUGGGUCUGGACGCGUUACUCACGUGCUGGUACCUCAGUUCGUAAACCUGGAUCUCUCUCAUACAUCUGCUAGUUGCCAUAGAGUCACCGUAAGAUGGGCCCACUACAACCUCUUGUUUUACGGUACUAACUAUCAAGACACAGUGGAUGCGCCACAUGUCUCACGAAAUGUUCACCGAACUUCUGAAAUAUGUGUUUGCAUUCGAAAAGAUUAUUAGGAUUGAAGUACUAACUUCCAUGCGACAUAAUCCUACGAUAUUUCGGACACCUCAGGUUUCCGAUUUUUUAAUGACCCCUUUGGCCGUCCAAAGAAUACACACAGCAGAAAUUAUUACUUAGGUAGCAUGAAAAUUUCCCAUUGAUUUUCGUCUCCCUUGUAAGUUUUCUUGUAUUCUGCAGGAAACACGCCGUAAAAUGUCAUUUCUUCUCUUCAUGUGGUAGGAAAUCAAUUCUCCAAAUUUCACACUUAAAGGCAGGGUGUCAUUCGGCUUUGAACCGUGAAAUGUCAAUUCAUACAGCUACCUGGUUUGCGUUCAUUGCACAAUUUUAUGAGUCCUAUAUGAUGUAUCCCUAAUAGCAUGGAGAAGCGUGUGAUAUUCCCUUGACGGAAUGUAUGCAGUAUAUAGUUUGGCAACUCUGAACGCGAGUGUAACAGCUGGUGGAGAAAGGCAUUUUUCGGGAAUUGAAGUUUUUGAAAGCCGAGAGAUACUUAUCUAUAAAGUCUGGAGAAAACGUGAUUUGCUACCGGAUGAGUGCAACAAAUAGCAUUUUGAGCAUGUUUUCUAUAAGUAUAUGGCUGAGCUUAUAAGGGAAUCGAAAAUCAAUGGGGGAACUUUCAUACUGCUGAGGCGGUCAUUUUCGCAGAGUGCGGUUUUGCGGACGCCAAAAACUCCAUUCAGAAGUCCGCAUCUUGACCUUACUGAAAGUAUUUUCGUACUACGCUGCACGGCAAUCGGUGCUACAACCUUACUUAAGUAACCUCUCCAAAUCAAAAAUAUGUCUCAGAAUUUUGGUGAACAUUUCAUGAGACAGCACGUCAGUUGACCCGCUCCUAGGCUACGCUUUUUAAAGUAUCACCAUAGUUUAGUGGCAAACCAACGUUCUUUUGAGAAAAGGUCGCGCGUGAUCGGUCUGCCUCUCGUAUGAUGCACCAGUUAGUCAAAUCACGUGCAAAGUAACGCAGCCUCUUCUGAGGAUCAGCAGCGGAAUCGAGCCAACUGAAAUCAUCUACAACUGAAUGUUCUCAAGUUUUGCUUCUACAUUUUCACGGAAAAUAUUCUGUUAAAUGUGUAUAUUACUGACAACAUUUCAGUACCAUGUUUAUUUAUAGUGAGAUAUUGCAUGUACCGUUUACAAUAGGGUUUUCAAAGGCAUUGCCUAUUACUCUUAAAAUAUACUGACUGAUACUGACUGACUGAACAAAACCUUGCUCUCGGUCUCGAGGGGUUAGUUAUCCAGUCGGUUCGGUGAGUUGCGCGUCAGCUGGCUUGGAGUUAGGGGAUCCUUGCAUAGCAUCUAUCUCACUUUCCUCCCGUUUCCAUCUAGUCAAAUUUCGCCGAAAUCUGAUUUAUAAAUCAGACAUGAAAGGAAUUUUUCUUUAGUAAACGGCUAUCUGCGCCUCAACACACUUCCAAUUUUGAUCCUGGCGUUUCGUGAUUUAGGCCGUCGACUGCGACUUUGACCACUACUAACUGCAUAUUUACCUUCUCGAAAGCCACAAUUCUGAUCGGGAUAGAUAUUUUAGAGCCAACCACCUGUCGGAAUGAGGUGAGAAGGCUUGAUUCGGUGGUCCAGACCUGGUUAAUGUUCGCAUUGGUUAACCUACAAGGUGCUGGAUCUUUCUUUUUCGUGAAGCCAAGUCCACCCAUCUAUGCCAUCACGUUUUGGCUCAUUCGUGCUGAUCGCGGUUCCCUUUUGCCCCAACAAUUUACAGUUUCCCGUGCGUCGUCCAAAAGGCGGGAAGAAUGCAGAUGAGCCCAUCUACCGAGCUGACCAGCGCCUCCCCGAUAGAAGACCGCCGAAGAAGAAGAACCCCCUGGUCAUUCCCACCGCCGCCACCAACGGCCUCCUGGAUGCCGAUGACGCGGAGGCCAGUGUCCUAUUCAAUCCCACAGAGCUGAGCCAUGCCUUCCUGGGUGGCGAAAACGACCUCCUCAACGUCAUGUUCCCCGCGCACGACGUCACCAGCAAGGCUGCGACUCAGGGCCUGCGUGCUGACGGUCAAAUUGCACCGCACUGCUGGGAGACGCCCAACGGUCUGCAUGGACUGAAACCCACCAAGUAUCUGGCCAAUCGCCCUGGCCGCAGACGCACUGGUGGCAAGAGGAAGAAACUAACCAAAUAA